GUACAGUCUCUCGUUUUCCUCUCUGUGAAGAAGUGAAGCCCAACUCAAUACAUUCCUCCUGCUCUGGUUUUAAAGGAGCCAAAGCAGCUGCUGCUUGAUAGGAGUUUUCUACAGACGGGUCCGAGCUACAUUGUAGCUGAAGAUAUUCAUCUGUGUUUUCGAGCAAAAUCAAGAAAAUGACACAUUUUAACAAGGGACCAGCCUACGGAUUAUCUGCUGAAGUGAGAAACAAAAUUGCUCAGAAAUAUGACUCACAAAAGGAGGAGGAGCUCCGCUUCUGGAUUGAGGAGGUUACGGGAAUGUCUAUUGGAGAGAACUUCCAGAAAGGCUUAAAGGAUGGAGUCAUCCUCUGCGAACUGAUCAACAAGCUGCAAACUGGUUCAGUGAAGAAAAUCAACUUUUCCCAGCUGAACUGGCACAAGCUGGAAAACCUUGGGAACUUCAUCAAAGCCAUCCUGGCCUAUGGCCUGAAGCCCAAUGACAUCUUUGAGGCCAAUGACCUGUUUGAAAAUGGGAACAUGACUCAAGUCCAGACCACACUGCUUGCACUGGCCAGCAUGGCAAAGACUAAAGGUAUGGACACAAAGAUUGAUAUCGGGGUGAAAUAUGCAGACAAACAAGCUCGACAUUUUGACGAUGAGAAGAUCAAGGCCGGUCAGUGUGUGAUUGGACUGCAGAUGGGAACAAACAAAUGUGCGAGUCAGGCUGGGAUGACUGCUUAUGGAACCAGAAGACAUCUGUAUGAUCCAAAGACUCAGACUGACAAACCCUACGACCAGACCACCAUCAGCCUGCAGAUGGGAACCAACAAAGGAGCCAGCCAGGCGGGCAUGUCAGCCCCUGGUACGCGCAGAGACAUCUUUGACCAGAAGGUGGCGCAGCAGCCGCUGGACAACUCCACCAUCUCCCUCCAGAUGGGCACCAACAAGGUGGCGUCUCAGAGGGGUAUGAGUGUGUAUGGUCUUGGUCGACAGGUCUACGACCCCAAGUACUGCGCCCCCCCAACAGAGCCGAUCAUCAACGCCAACGGCAGCCAGGGCACCGGCACCAAUGGCUCAGAGAUCAGCGACAGUGACUAUCAGGCUGAGUUCCAGGAGGACGAGUACCACGGACCUUACCAUGACGACUACAGCUCCCAUUACAAUGAUCAAGGCAUUGACUAUUAGUGGAGAGCUCCAGCUCCAAAUCAGUAUUAACUAGUGUGUUUUAUCAACUACACACCAGAGGAAGUAUUUUGCUAUCCUCACUAGUCUUUUUCUUCUCUUGAAGCAUACAAUGAAAUGUUUCCUUUUUUACCUACACUCUCUGAUCUGAGCAGCAAAGGUUGUUAGAAGCUGUUGUGUUCUAGAAUAAUGAGAUACAGUGAUGGAAAUGUUUUAAGCUUCAGAGUAUGCUUUUUAAUACACACUUUUUAAAAGUUGUCAUAAUGAUGGAACACUGGCGUAGUAAUAACUUGGAGUGAUGUGCAGCAUCAUGGUAAGCUGCUGCAUUCCAGGUUUGUAUUCCUGGACUGAAACUGGGCUGAUGCUCCAUGUGAAAGGAAUUCAACAAUAGGUUGUUCCUCUCAGUGUUGUGUCUGUAUUCAGCCACUGUUAUCCAGCCACACUUAGUGACACUGGUGUUUUUACUACAUUUAAUCACUAGAUAGUGUUUUUUAUUCUUUUAAUGAUGAGCAUGCUUGCUGCUAAGACAUUGCAGGUGACCAAACCCAAGCUGACUCUAUACACGUACUUCCUUUUUCCAUUACAUGAAGUAUAUUUUCAUAUUAUUCCCCUUGUAUUCCCAAACUGUAUUUAUUGCAAUGUCUCUCAUUGUAAAACAGUCCACUGUUAUAUGGUAAAGAAAAUUCUAUGUAAUAAAUAAAGCCUUAAAUUCUUCAAU